AUGAAUUGGUUCCUCAACGUAUUUCGAAUGCUCGUCGGCAGAACCGAGCCGCCUGUUUCUGAUGGCAACGCAUCUGUUAGCCGCUUCUCUCGAUUCCGUCGCCAACGUCAAGAAAUGCCAGAAGAUGUGAGAGAAAAACUCGUGAUCGAGCUACCACCAAUCGACGGACCAUGCACAUUGGACAUCCUGCCAAAUGAACUCAUCGCAAAAGUUGGCAGCUAUUUCGAGGACACUGUCUCUUUCCGUCAAUCAUGCCAGAGAAUGAAUAGAGUCCACCAGAACUUCAGAAGUGAGAUGAAAGGUGCUGAUAUUCAUGUGUUCGUCACCGUGGUGGACGGUGAAGUUGUGACGUCGUUCCGUGGACACAAAGAAAUCAAGAAAAGGGAGCCUCGUCUUGUACCGAGGAACAUGCGGAACAUGAUUUUUCGAAACGCCGAUGUCACACUCACUCUCAGCCUCAGAAACUCGGAAGUCACCCAAGGAAAUUCAACAGAAAUCUUUGGAGCGUUCGAAAGAUGCAAACUUUCUAGAGUUCAAUUGAAGGCAACUAGAGUGACACAGAUUUUGAAGGCAUUGCUCAACCAGAUGGACACUUCGUCUGUUGAGGUUCAUAUUCAGCGAUUGGAGAAAGAUGAUAGCGUUACGGAUAUUGCAAAGCUGAACGAUCUGAAAAUAGACAAGGAACUAUUGUUUUUCCAAUUGAAACCAAUUUUCGAUCUCCAUAUUCCCACUCUCAGUGUACGUGUCACGGAUGCUGCAAGACCUUCUCUUCUCGCCUGCAUCGAAGAAUGGAAGCAGAGUCGUCGACACAUCGCAGCCUGGUUCUUCACUCUUCCAUUCCUCCAAUUCCGUCUCAAUCCAGGUCUGGAUAAUGCUGAAAUCGACUGGAGAAGAACAAUCAUUCGCCGACACGACAGAUCUUGCCGACUUAUGAGCAACACUAGACAAUGCGCACCGGAGCCGGGAGAUCAAUUCCUUUACCGAACCGUCUGUUAUUACAUAAUCUAA